AUGAGAACUAAGGACACUGAUAGGGAAAUGGGGGGAAGAGACAACGGGCCAGAGAAAGAGAAAACAAGUCAGAGAAAAAUAGGAAACGAGCCAGAGAACGAGAGAACACAAGCCAGAGAAAGAGAGAACACAAUCCAGAGAAAGAGAGAACACAAGCCAGAGAAAGAGAAAACAAAGAGCCAGAGAAAAAGAGAAACCGAAGAAAUACAAAACGAGGCAAAGAAGGAGAGAAAACGGGCCAGAGAAAGAGAGAAAACAAGAGCCAGAGAAAGAGAAAAAAAGAGCCAAAGAGAGAAAAAGAGCAAGAAAAAGGGAGAAAACAACCUAGAUAAAGAGAGAAAACAAGCCCGCGAAAGAGAGAAAAUAAUCCGAGAAAGAGAUAACAGAGAGAGAAUGAGAACUAGCGACACUGAUGGGGAAAGUGGAAGAAUAGAGGCCGAGGGGGGAGGAGAGGAGAGCGAAAGGUACGAGAAAACGAGUGAGAAAAAGAGAGAUAACGAACGAAAGAAUGAGAUAAAGAGAGCGGGAAUGAGGAAAAAACCGAAGAGAAAACGAACCAGAGAAAUAGAAAACGAGCCAGAGAAGGAGAAAACGGGCCAGAGAAAGAAAGAAAAAAGACAGAGAAAGAGAGAAAACAAGCCAGCGAAAGAGAAAAAAAAAAACAGCCAGAGAAAGAGAGAAAAUGAUACAAAAAAAGAGAAAACUGGCGAGAGAGAGAACGAGAGAGGGAGACAUAGAACGAGAACGGGAGAGAGAGAGAGAGAGAGAGAAUGA